GACAAAGAUGCAGCUAAACGUGCUGCUGGUGCUCUGCCGAUAAGCCGCGAAUUACCCGAAGAAAGAGGACAAGAAGCGGCCAACAGGUGGUUGUUGUUUGCGGGCACCGUGCACUCUUGCGCACACAGUUUCCAGCGCGCACCGCCACGAUGCUGUUACCGUCCGGCACCCUGUUGCUGCUGGCGGCUCUCUACUCAAGUGUAGACCUGACAGGGGCUGAGGGUUGUGGGGCAUCAUGUGGAAAAUGUGACUGCAGUGGUGUGAAAGGAGCAAAGGGUGAGCGUGGAUUUCCAGGUCUUCAAGGUAAUAUGGGAUUUCCAGGGAUGCAGGGACCUGAAGGGCCUCCAGGUCCAAUGGGCCCCAAGGGAGACCUAGGUGAAACUGGGGCUCCUGGACUGAAAGGAGUGCGGGGUCCUCCUGGUCUACCAGGCUUUCCAGGAAACCCAGGACUGCCGGGCAUCAAUGGAAAUGACGGCCCACCUGGUCUACCAGGUAUCCCAGGAUGCAAUGGGACUAAAGGAGACAGAGGACGAGAUGGCACUCCUGGUUUUCCUGGUCUUCAAGGACCUCCUGGCAUCCCGGGAAUUCCUGGAAUGAAGGGUGACCCUGGUGGUGUGAUUGGAAUCGUUCCCCUGAAAGGAGACAGAGGGUUCCCUGGCACACCUGGAUUACCUGGAUCAAAUGGACUGCCUGGACCUCUUGGCCCUCCAGGACCUCGUGGCUAUCAAGGACCCAAAGGAGAUUCCGGUCCUCCUGGCCCUCCUGGGGAGAAGGGUGACAGGCUGGCCUUUGUGAGUGAGAAAGGAGAUAAGGGUGAGCAGGGAUUUCGUGGCCCUCCCGGCCCUCCUGGACCUCCAUCACAGGGAUACGAAGGUGGACAUACCACAGUGCACGUACCUGGACCGCCGGGUGACAGAGGACUUACAGGAGACAAAGGAGAAAAAGGCUACUGCAUCGCACAUCACACUAAUGUCAAAGGUGAACCAGGCCUGCCUGGACAGAGAGGUAAACCUGGCAAAGAUGGAGAGGAUGGGCUGAAGGGAGAAAAAGGCUUUUCUGGAUCUCCUGGAUACAUUGGUUCCAAGGGUGAGAAGGGAGAAAGAGGACCACCAGGUUAUGGUAAUGGGGCCCCCGGUCCUCCUGGUCCUCCUGGUUUCCCAGGGUUAAUAGGAGAAAAAGGUUUUCCUGGUCCUCAAGGAGAGGCAGGUCCCCCAGGCCGGCACAUUGAAGGACCCCGUGGAGAGAGGGGUCAGAAGGGAGACAUGGGUGAGAAGGGAGACAUGGGUGUAGAAGGAGAGUCUCUCGUUGGACCUCCAGGACAACCAGGGACCACUGGACCCCCUGGACCACCUGGACAACCGAUUGACCCUAAUGAAUGUGACAUUAAGGAAGGAGCUCCUGGCCCACCUGGACCUCCAGGGUUGCAAGGGGAAUUGGGACAGAAAGGUGACCAGGGAGACACCUGUGUUCACUGUGAAGGUGUGGGCCUACCUGGAUUACCUGGCCCCCUCGGCCCUAAAGGAGAGCGAGGACCUCCUGGACCAGUAGGCAGCAAGGGAGAUAAGGGUCAAACUGGUUUUCCUGGGGAACCUGGAAGACCUGGUUCUGAAGGCAGUCCUGGGUUGAUGGGAGCCCCUGGUGCUGUUGGUGAGCCAGGAGACAUUUUCAUUGCUCCUGGUCUGAAGGGGGACAAAGGUUUGCCUGGUCCUGCCGGAUCACCGGGGAGGCCAGGGCUGGAUGGACAGCCAGGGAGAGAUGGCCGCCCAGGAACAACUGGCCUCAAAGGAGAAUCUGGCAAAGAGGGCAUCAAGGGUGAGCCUGGACCAAGUGGGGACCCUGGUCUUACUGGGCCUCUGGGAGAGAGGGGCCCACCUGGCCUGCCAGGCUUUGGUCGAUCAGGAGAUCCUGGAGAAAAGGGAAGUCAGGGGAGACCGGGCAUUCCUGGAAGUCCUGGACCACCUGGUGUAAAAGGUGAGCCAGGUCAAGGUGUGAGCACUCCUGGACCUCAGGGAGUACCUGGAUUACGAGGAGAACCUGGCAGAACUGGAUAUCAAGGUGACAGAGGCCCGCCGGGAAAACCAGGGUUGCCAGGUUUUCCUGGACAGAAGGGUGACCAAGGACCCACUGGAAUUGGAUUUCCAGGCCCAACUGGUCCUAAAGGAAUCAGUGGAAUUCCGGGAGCUCCAGGAUUACCAGGAGAGCCAGGAAAACCAGGACAGGAUGGCGUGACUGGACAACCUGGUGUACCUGGACAAAAAGGUGAUCCAGGACGGGGGCUUCCAGGUCCAAAAGGUUUGCAGGGGCCGCCAGGAAUUACUGGCUUUCCAGGAGAGAAGGGAAAUAUUGGACUACCUGGUGUUCCCGGACAAGAAGGCCAGACAGGACCACCAGGGUCACAGGGAGUGAAAGGUGACGUGGGACCCCCAGGACCUCCUGGGCUGGUUGGCUUACCAGGUGCUCCAGGAAAAGGCACGCCUGGAGCUCCUGGACCACAAGGACCACCUGGAGAGCCUGGACCAUUUGGUAGUGCAGGUGUAAAGGGAGAUAAGGGCUACCCAGGCCCUCCUGGUCUGGACAUGCCAGGGCCUCAGGGAGAGAAGGGGGCCCCUGGGUUUCCAGGAUCCUCAGGUAAUAAAGGACUGCCAGGGCCACCAGGCUUACCAGGCAGAGAUGGACAGUUUGGAAACCAAGGUCCUAAAGGUGAAAUGGGGGUUAUGGGAACACCAGGAGCACCAGGCUUUCCUGGCCCACCUGGUACACCUGGAUCUCCUGGUCUGAGAGGUGAUCCCGGUAUUAGUGGACCAAGAGGUAAUGUUGGAGAACCUGGAUCUAAAGGAGAAAGGGGAGAUACAGGUCUUCAGGGACCUCCUGGGAACAUGAGCGAUGUUGACAUGGAACAUAUGAAGGGGGAGAAGGGAGACCUUGGAGACAGAGGUAACCCUGGACUCACUGGAACGAAGGGCUUCCGUGGACUUCCUGGAGAUCCUGGAAUGCCAGGCAAAGAUGGAGAACCUGGAUUACCUGGACAACCAGGUGUAAAAGGAGACCCCGGUUUCCCUGGAGAACCUGGCAGUAUGGGACCACCUGGACAGAAAGGCACUGUAGGAGAGAUGGGAAUACCAGGUCCGGCUGGUCCAAAAGGUACUAAAGGAGAUAUUGGUACAUCAGGACAUCCUGGAUUCAGAGGCACAGAUGGGCAGAAAGGAGAGAAGGGGAUAGCUGGUGACCCAGGUAUUGGGAUCCCGGGAUAUCCGGGAGAAAAGGGUCAGACAGGCCAGCCAGGAUUCCCAGGACCACCAGGAGACAAGGGUCUGAGGGGUCAUGAGGGUAUGUCUGGCAAACCAGGACUGCAAGGAUCCAAAGGAGAAAAAGGAAGCAUCGGGUAUCCAGGUCAGCCAGGUAGACCAGGUGAGAAGGGUACCCCUGGGUUGCCAGGGUCUGCAGGAGAACCUGGUCGUGACGGUCGGCCUGGUGAAGGCGGCUUGCAGGGACCUCCUGGUCCUUCUGGAGAGAAGGGAGAGCCUGGAGUGGAUGGCAUCCCUGGAUCCUCAGGAGAGAAAGGACUCCCUGGUUUACCUGGCCGAGGUUUUCCUGGCUCACCUGGAGUACUUGGUAGCAAAGGUGACAAAGGUAGUCCUGGGUUCCCUGGCACUCCAGGUCAUCCAGGUGUCCCUGGUAUCAAAGGCGACAAAGGACAUCCAGGUUUACAGGGACCCCAGGGUGAGCCAGGAGAAAGGGGUCUCCAAGGUAUCUCUCUAGAAGGUCCUAAGGGAGACAGGGGAGAACUAGGACAACCUGGAGAAGCAGGAUCCCCAGGAUCACCAGGACCUGCUGGUGUACCAGGCAGAGAUGGACAAAAGGGAGAUAAAGGAGACCAGGGUCAACCUGGUUUCCAGGGAGAGUCAGGACACAAGGGUGAUCCUGGAGUUCCUGGACUUCCCGGACAAUCUGGCCUUCCGGGUAUCGAUGGACAGAAGGGCGAGAGGGGACUGCAAGGUGUCCCUGGCUUCCCAGGUUUAAAGGGUAAUCUCGGGGACAUUGGAUCCAAAGGAGAAUUCGGAGACAGAGGAUUCCCAGGAGAAAAGGGCAAUGAUGGCCCUCCUGGUGCCCCGGGCCCCCACACCUUCAUCAAAGGAGACAUUGGUUUCCCAGGUAUUCAAGGAUUACCGGGACCCCAGGGACCACAAGGGCUCCCUGGACAAAAAGGACUGCAAGGUGUGACAGGUAUUCAAGGGCCAAAAGGCGAAGAUGGCCUUCCUGGAUAUCAUGGUCAGGCUGGAGCAAAAGGAGAACCUGGCCUCCCUGGGCCUCAGGGACCCAGAGGAUUCCCUGGCCCCCCAGGACCUGACGGUGUUCCAGGUCAAGUGGGUCAUCCCGGCCCCUCCUCCAUGAAUCAUGGGUUCCUGGUAACCCGUCACAGCCAAACGGUAGAGAUUCCAUCUUGUCCUGAGGGAACCUCGCCCAUAUAUGAUGGCUAUUCUUUGCUCUACGUACAAGGCAAUGAACGCUCUCAUGGACAGGACUUAGGUACAGCAGGCAGCUGUCUAAGGAAGUUCAGCCCCAUGCCCUUCCUGUUCUGUAACAUCAACAACGUGUGCAACUUUGCCUCUCGUAAUGACUACUCCUACUGGCUCACCUCCCCUGAGCCCAUGUCCAUGACCAUGGAACCUAUCACUGGUCAAAACAUCAAACCUUACAUCAGCAGGUGUGCUGUGUGUGAAGCCCCAGCCAUGGUGAUAGCAGUUCACAGUCAAACCAUCAUGAUCCCACAAUGCCCUCGCGGCUGGGACUCUCUAUGGAUUGGCUACUCCUUUGUUAUGCACACCAGUGCUGGUGCUGAGGGGUCAGGCCAGGCUCUGGCUUCUCCUGGUUCCUGCCUGGAGGAAUUCCGCAGUUCUCCAUUCAUCGAGUGUCACGGUCGUGGAACCUGCAACUACUACGCCAAUUCCUACAGCUUUUGGCUUGCCACCAUUGAAGACAAUGAUAUGUUUAGGAAACCUUCCCCAACAACACUAAAAGCCGGCAAUCUCCGAACACACAUAAGCCGCUGUCAGGUGUGCAUGAAGAGGACAUAAACCCCAACAUCAGAGUCUGCAAAUACAGCGUGUGCUGAAAUCCUCGACUUGCCUUUACUUCCUGUUUUCAAGGGAUGGUGCUAUUUCCCUGCAUGUGUGAGAGGAGAGGGACAGAGAUGCGGUUUGUAGAACCAGAGAUUGAACAUUACAAACCAGAACACAGAGACCAAGCGGCCUUUUGCUCCAUGCAGAACACUUAACUAACAUGAUCACAACGUGUCUCCAAAGAAUUGCACCCAGUUUACCACUGCACUGAGUACAUGCCCCCCAAAACUGGUAAACUGGUGUUCAUUUUGAAAGGGUUGUUUGUGUAAGUCAGGUGCUAUUCUUACUUAUCUGCCUUGUUCCAUUUUGUUUGCCUUUUUAUUUCCCCUAUCAGCACCAAAGCAUUCAAGAUAUAGCCACAUAUUAUUAUAGAUUUUCACACCUUUUAAAUUGUUUAAACAUGCUAAUGUAAAGGAUGGGACUUACCACUGGUUACAGACGCUUGUCAUUUGCUAAAUCACCAUAACGUUGCCAACACAAAUAUAUAAUAAUCACUCUGUUGUAAAUAUAAUGCAUUCCUCUCUAACACAGUUCAACAUACUCUCCUCAGGUUAUUAUUGAAUUUCUUUGUGUGUUAUUAAGUCCAUUUUUAUUUAUAAGAUUUAUGAGAACAUGUCGGACUUGAGUGUAUCUGAGAUUCCAUUGAUCCAAAAACAGUCUUUCAACAUCUGACAAUCAGCGCCUUAGUAACAUACAAAACAGCACUGAAAGAGCAUUGGCUGGUGUGUGUGUGUGUGUGUGUGUGUGUGUGCGCGUGUGUGUGUGUGUGUGUGUGUGUGUGUGCGUGCGUGCGUGUGCGUGCGUGCGUGUGUGUGUGUGUGUGUAGGUGUGUGUGUGAGUGUACAUAUAUGAAUGGAUUUGAGCUUGUUCAGAAGUGGUUUGUGUUUUGCGAUGUCUGCAUAUACUGUAUAUUGUUGCACAAGCACAAAAAGAAAUAGACAAAACCAUCACCUUCCCUAUACCUUUACUUUGUUAGAACAAUACAGCUAUGUGUUAAAGGAUUUACUCGUCUCACAUUACGUGAACCAAAUGUUUCUGAUCCCAAAGAAAUGCACAUGUAUAUAUACUUACACGUAACAUGUACUUGCUAUUUUUGCUCAUGUACUUGACUGUUCCUGUUUGUGAAUUCCUGUUAUUAUCCCUGCCGAUUUAAUGCAAACUGAUUUUUCGUUAAGAGUGACAACAUUGUUGUUCAUCCGAGUCGAAAACAGACAGAUGAGGAGGACUACAUGUAUGCAAGUUGCGAUGCUUUAGAAGGCUUAACAGGUUUGUGUUUUGUGUAUUCUUUAAUAUGCAGUAUUUGGACAAAACGUCAGUCUUGGUCAGUAGGAGGAAGACCUCUUGGACCCCAAACAUAGUUUCUGUGUCCCUUUCAGAGCUAUUCAAAGUUUUCUACUGUUAAAGUUAUAGCAGUUACUCUAGACUGACCAUGAUCUGUUUUUGUUUGUGUUGUGCUUGGUUGUGAACUGCUCAAUGAAGUAUAUAUAGUGUUAGCAGCAUUUGCCAUCAUAAAUCAAACUUGAUUGUAGUGGGAAUAAUCUUAACUAAUUAACAACCAGAAAAACGUCAACAUUUUAUAUUUUCCGGAUCCCAUACUUUGUAAUUCUGCAAUAAAAUUAUUUGUAGAAUAUUAUUAUUAAUUUA